AUGUUGGGUUUGAUGGAAGAAAUGAGUGAGCUGCUGGGGAGGGAAGAGGUGAACGAACAGGGUCUUCCACCUGGUUUCAGGUUCCACCCAACUGAUGAGGAGCUCAUCACCUUUUACCUCGCUUCCAAGGUCUACAAUGGCGCUUUCUGCGGCGUCGACAUCGCCGAGGUCGACCUCAACAGAUGCGAGCCCUGGGAGCUCCCAGAUGUGGCAAAGAUGGGGGACAAAGAGUGGUACUUCUUCAGCCUCCGGGACCGGAAGUACCCAACCGGACUGAGAACCAACCGAGCCACCGGCGCCGGUUACUGGAAAGCCACCGGCAAAGACAAAGAGGUUUACAGCGCCUCAAGUGGAGCCCUCCUUGGGAUGAAGAAGACCCUCGUCUUCUACAAAGGUCGAGCCCCCCGUGGCCAGAAGACCAAGUGGGUCAUGCAUGAGUACCGCCUCGACGGCGACUUCUCCUCCUACCGCCACACGUGCAAGGAUGAAUGGGUGAUAUGCAGAACUCAUAACAAAUCUGGGGACAAGAAGAACCCAAUGCAAGCUCAAGGGCAAGGAGAAGGGCAACAGAGUAAUUUUCUUCAACAAGUUGUGGAAGCUGCUUCGGCUUCUUCCAGAACUGGCUGCAGUUUGCCUCCAUUGCUGGAAUUUCAAUCUCAGACGACCCAUCAGAACCCUAGCUUUGUGCAAAGCCCUAGUUUACUGCGGAUGCAAGAAAACGACUUGAUGAAAAGUCGUAAUCAACUGUUUCAACCACCGUCGUCGUCGUCGUCAUCAUCUUCAUCCUCAGCAGCAGCUCUGCAGUCCAUGCUCUUCAAGUCCUUCCUCUUUCCACAUCAAGAUCAAGCUGGCACUACUGGAACUGGAACUGGUGCUCCUAAACGGUGCAAGGCAGAAGCCACUAAUCUUCCCCACUUCCAAACUGCACCUCUUAAUGUUGCUAACUUCAACUACUUGAUGGAAAAGAAUCACUCUCAUGUUCAGCCAAAUGGCCAAGACUCGUUGCUUCAGUAUCAUCACCAUCCCCGAAGCUCACUGUCGUUUGAUGACUUCCAUUUUUACAAUGGAGUGUUGGGGCUUUCUACAUCUGCUGCUACUGCUUCUGUAGAUGCUGAGACCGCGUCGUCUUCUGCUUCAAACGGUGGUUUCAACAGGGCAGGCUUUCAGACCAUGUUAGAUCCUCUCAUCAAACUCCCAGCUGCAGAAUCAUCAUGGAAUCAGGAUAUCGCCUAA